AUGUCGGACACUGUGUCGACCGUUCUGCCGCAAGGCGUUGGCUAUGGCGUCGUUGUGGGCGUCGGCUUCUUCUUUACUGUGGUGAUGAUCGGUAUCUCUGCGUUGCAGAACCGAUACACAAAUUUCAGUACAAGAUCUACAGAAGAGUUCAACACCGCCAGUCGAAGCGUCAAGCCUGGUCUGAUUGCGGCUGGUAUAGUGUCUGCAUGGACUUGGGCAGCUACCCUCCUCCAGAGUAGCACUGUCGCCUACACUUACGGUGUAGCAGGACCUCUCCAGUACGCCGCCGGUGCCACGGUCCAGAUCCUGAUGUUCUCCAUCCUCGCCUGCAAGACCAAGAUGAAUGCUCCUCGGUGCCACACAUACCUUGAGAUCAUCCAAGUACGCUAUGGCACGCUGGCCCACUGUGUCUUCAUCUUCUUUGCUCUCGUCACCAAUGUCCUGGUCGGGUCGCAACUCUUGCUAGGCGGAUCUGCUGUCGUUACGACCCUGACCGGCAUGAACGUCUAUGCAGCGAUUUUCCUGAUCCCACUUGGCGUCGUGGCGUAUGUGCUCAUGGGCGGCCUUCGAGCCACUUUCCUCUGCGACUACUCACACACUUUGAUUCUGAUGGUCAUCAUCCUCUACUUCAUGUUCGAGGUGUACGUGUCCGACGACCUGAUCGGGUCGCCUGCGCGAAUGUACGAGCUGCUCAAGAAAGCUGCCAACCUUCGCCCCGUGGACGGGAACCAACACGGGUCUUACCUGACCCUGAAAUCAAACAACGCUCUCAUAUUCGGUGUGAUCCAGCUCUGUUCCGGCAGCGGCACCGUCUUUCUAGACCAGGCUUACUGGCAACGAGCAAUCGCAUCUCGCCCUACGACCGCGGUGCGCGCCUAUAUCCUCGGCGGUCUCGCGUGGUUUGCGAUCCCCUUCGGCUUCGCCACGACAUUGGGUCUCGCGGCCGUCGCGUUGACAGACAACCCAGCGUUCCCAACAUAUCCCAACGCGCCCUCGCCGAGUCAGAUCUCCGCCGGCCUCGCUCCAGCCUUUUCGGCCAGUGCUCUGCUCGGCAAGUCCGGCGCCGUGGCGCUCCUAAUCACGCUCUUCAUGGCCGUCACAUCCUGCGCGUCGGCCGAGCUGAUCGCCGUAUCCUCGAUCCUCACAUUCGACGUCUACAAAGCAUAUAUCAAGCCCACCGCGACACCGCAGAACCUGAUCUUUAUGGCUCACGUCAACGUCGCUGUCUUCGGCCUAACCAUGGCCGUCUUCGCUAUUAUCUGGAACGUGAUCGGUAUCGACCUCGGCUGGCUGUUCCUGGUGAUGGGUUUGUUGAUAGGCGGCGCUGUCUUCCCUGUGGCGUUCGCCAUAACGUGGAAAGGCCAGACGCGCGCAGGAGCCGUGGCCGGCGCGGUCUCCGGUCUCGCCGUCGGCCUGGCUGCCUGGCUGGCCGAGGCGCAAGUCUACUACGGCGAACUGACGCUCGCGUCUACGGGCUCCAAUUACGCCACUUUAGCUGGCAACCUGGCCGCCAUCAUGACCGGGCUGAUCGUUUCUGUCUCAGUCUCUCUCAUCAAACCGGAUAACUACGACUGGACCGCCACGCGCGCCAUCAAUCUGGAACACGCACACACGUUUGACGCGGAAGAGGUCGUCGCCGACGAGUCCAGUCGGUCCAGCACCCCCGAUGAAGCGGUCAAAUCUGGCGGAGAAACACCACAGACACAGACACAGACACAGACACAAAUAGCUUCAUCGACUCCUCCCGCCUCUGUUCCAGACGAGAAACACGUCGUGACCAAAGACGACAGAGGUCACGGUUAUCGACGCCGCAGUUCCACCACCUCCCCCGCCCGUCGUCGAUCCUCGGUGAUCCGCACCGACGAGGAACGCCAAAUGUCCAUCGACGCGGCGCUCGAAGACGACCCGUCGUCACCGGCGCUCCGCUCGGCGUUCAAGCUCGCGUGUAUCUCGUCCUUCGUGCUGCCUUUUAUCAUGGACUUUCUGAUCCCGAUCCCCAUGUUCCUCAGCCACUAUAUCUUCUCGGAACACUUCUUCACCGCGUGGAUCGUGAUCAGUUUCCUGUGGGUGUUUGGAUCCGCGUUGAUUUCGGUGAUCCUGCCCGUUUGGGAGACGAGGAUGUUCUUUGCCCAGUUGUUCACUGAGGUUAUGGGGGAUAUUAGGGGAGGAAAAGGAAGAAAAAAGGAGAAAGGGGGACGGGGACGGGGACUGUGA